GUAUCACAAUCUCUGGUGCACCGUGGAAUUCUGCCGGGAGGCUCUGUAGAGAUCAGGGAUAGAUCCGAGGUGUUUCCAUUUCAGUUUCACUUGUUAGCACUUAGCAUCUUUGCGUAAUCGUUCGCUCCCACUAAUCGUUCGUUCGUCUUUUCGUGUCAGUCACAGUCAGUGGAUUAAGUUUUCUUCCAGCCUUUUUCGGUGGUGAAAAGAUUAACGGUUUUGUAACUUACAGAAAUUAUUUCGGUUUUGUAAAUUGUAUUGCUGAUUAAAUUUAUUAUUAAAGACGAAAGAUGUUAACAUUCGCAGUAACUGUACAUAUCUUGUCGAAGUUGUCAUGAAUACUCGUGGCACAAUAAAUGAAUAGUACAUUUUUUAUUAAAAGGAUGCCAUGCUGUACUGCGGAUUUUUACCAUCAACUUGGGUUUGUUGAUUUCUUUAUUAUAAUUUAUAACCACUAUUUGCGAUUCAUUUUAAAUCAAAUAUCGAGUGGCCGAUGAGAAACCAGAAAGUUUACCGUGAACUGUUUACGGAACCUGAGCCUAUAAGUUACAAGCCUAAUUUUUAAGCGCGGUGUUCCGCGAGUGUCAUUUUAUUUCGCAUGACGAGUGUUAUAAUAGACAGUAAUGAGUGUUUUGCAGAAUCGAAACGUUAUGACUCACGCCUGCCCUUAUGAAGUUUUGGCACUAACACAUUGUGCGGCAUCGUUUUUGGUUUUUUAUGAAGUUUUAUUGACACCUGUGUUGGCUAUUGGAACAUGGAACCAGUUAUUAGCGGGCGCAUGCUGUUUCCACAUGUGCGCGGAAUUCGCUGACACUCUUGAGUUCACAAUUGGUCGUUAACUAUGGUUUGUCCAUAAACCUCCAAGGCGACAACUAAUCCAUUCAUUCCAAGCUUUUGCGAAGCCGCGCCUGACAUUUCUAAAACUCUCAAUUAGUUUCUAUAAACCUUUAACAACUAAUUUCAUUACAGCUUGAUGAAACAUGGACUAGAGAGCACCAUCGCUUUCCGCAUUAUAUAUAUUAACAAUAUUAAUCAUCACAUCAGUGUCCGAAAAUUGAAUAGAUCCGUCACGUGUUAAGGAAUGAAACCGUUAAAAGUGACCACUGAUGAUAACGCGCCGAAUUAUGCAGCAACUAACGGAAUUAACACCACAACUGACGGACAUGCGAUUACUGCGGGAUACAUACCCAACUCGAAUCCUUUAAAAGACAGCGACUGGACACUGGAGGAAAGUACCGAGCGUUGUGUGACUACCGGCGGUGAUCCGACAACUAACGGCCUAAAGCGGACCGCUAUCGGAUGCUGUACAUUGCAGAAAUGGCGCUCCAGAUUGCCCAUUUCCUUAUGGCUGCCCAAAUAUAGUUUGCUGGAUUUCAAGGGAGAUCUCGUUGCGGGCUUAACCGUCGGCCUUACCGUGGUGCCACAAGGUCUGGCGUAUGCAGCGAUCGCGGAAGUCCCUCUCGAGUAUGGAUUGUAUUCUGCUUUUAUGGGAUGUUUCAUGUACACCUUAUUCGGAACCGCAAAGGACAUCACUUUAGGACCAACAGCAGUGCUAUCCCUGAUGACCGCUGCCGCUUUUCCUAAAGAUGCCACACCAGAAGACAAAGCACAUUAUGCUGUGAUACUCAGCUUCUUUUCCGGAGUUAGCCAGUUGUUUUUGGGAAUAUUUAACUUAGGUUUUCUGAUAAACUUCAUUUCGGCUCCAGUGAUCAGCGGCUUUACUACCACAUCCGCUUUCAUCAUUUUAUAUGGACAAAUAAAAACGCUAACGGGCUUGAAACUUCCCUCCAAAAUUUGGACACCUAGUGGAAACAAAGCAUCCGCAGACAGCGUGUGGGAAAUCAGUCAGGCAUACGUGAUGAGUAUCCGAACGAUUAAUGGUUGGGAUACGCUGAUGGGUAUGAUCUGCUUGACUGUCCUUUUGUUGAUGAAAGAAAUGAAGCUGCCCAGGCGACCACGCUUUGGAUGUUCCAAACGCACUUGGAAUAUUCUUCGCGAAGUCGUGCGCACCAUCUGCGUGACACGUUACGCAUUAGUUAUUAUUGUGGCUACGGGAAUAAGCUACUACGUGACCGCUGUCCUAGGGAUCAAGGGAUAUUUAAGUAUAACCAGUGAUGUCAAUGCUACCAUUCCCAAGUUCGGUCCACCGGAUUUCAGUUGGAAUAAUCAUUCGGCAUCGGCCAGUAUAGCAGCAAUUUUACCAAGUGUUCCCAUGAUUGUCUUGGUUGGUGCCCUGGAGUCGAUUGCUGUUGCGAAGGCGUUUGCAUUCCAGUUCCAAUAUCGCAUAGAGCCUACUCAAGAAUUAUUUGCUCUUGGCUUAUCAAAUCUGUUAUGUUCAUUCUUUCAUGCUUAUCCGGUGACUGGAAGUUUCACCCGAUCAGCAUUAAAGGCGCAAUCUGGAGUGCGGACACCAUUCGGUUGCACGUGGACCGGGGCGUUUGUCUUAAUAGCGAUGUCUGUAAUUUCUCCCGCCUUUAAGUACGUUCCCAAAUCAGCAUUAAGUGCGGUGAUUAUUGCGGCUAUCUUGAUCCUGUUCGAAUUUAAAAUCUUCAAAGAUUUGUGGCUGAUCAGCAAAAAAGAGCUUCUCGCCAUUGGAACUGUCGUCGUUAUUGGUUUUACAUUCAGCGUCGACUAUGGAAUUUUGGCAGGAAUAGGGGUAUCAAUGCUGCUGCUAUUGUAUCCUAUCGCGCGACCUGUAAUUAUUGCGUAUUUUAAGCAGUCGCUGUACAGCUUGCGGCCUAUAAAUCCGACAACCGGCAAGCGCACGAUAAAUGUCGCCGUGACGCCUCAAGGCGCGAUCUACUUUCCUGCUGCCGAGUACCUCAAGGAUUUCUUCCAGGAUGAAAUUGUGACUAAGGAAUAUAAUGAUGUAACUAUGUCGCCUACGAAUAAUUCAUCCACUCUUUUGGAGAUUGCGGAGAUCAAGGAGGAGAUCGUCUUCGACGGGAUUCAUUUGACUGCAUCUGACUAUACAACGCUGCGCGCGCUGCGAUCGGUGGUCAUGAAUUGUAAACGCUGGAACAAGAGCAUCCGCUUCGUCAAUACACCAGCGGAAAUUCUGCGGAUUGUGCUACCAAAAGAUCUCCGCAAUGUUAACGAUGCCAGAUCUGAAGAUGGAAAUCGCAUGGAUGUUUCUACCAUCGAUGUUUUUUCACAGUCCACAGCUGAACGAAUGGCUAGUACUUCCGAGGUGGCGAUAAGAUCAAUGGAGGCAACGGAGAGUGCGUAUUCGACGUCUCAAGCGGAUUUAUUAGACGAAGACGAACUUGAAAAGCUGGAUUACGAACAAAAUUUACCAAAAUCUUCGCCGACUUUGUCAUCUUUCUUGCGGAGGACAUCGAGAAAUAAAUAAUUUCGUUUGACCGUGAACUAACCCAAUCGUCCACCCAAUUUGUAAUCAGGUGACCGCAUAUGCGGUUGCCAUCGCAUAUAUUAAGUCAAAUCGCGGCGGUACACUGUUUAAAAUGGCAUUCCCUCUUAAAUUCAAAACCGGUUAUUGACUCAUUGACCACGCACUAUAUGGUUUUUGCGAUAUUAGCCGCUAUUCUGGAACUUAGCAUUUUAUUACAGAAUUCGGUUCUAAAUUAUGAAUACACUGAAGAUUUGUAUUUUCUGGCAAAUUGUUGCUGAUAUCUCGUUCUGCCGGUGCUCAAACCGAUUACUCAGUUUUUGAUUGCGUUUUAUUUUGCAUCCGCGGGUUACAUCCCGGUGUGUCACUCAAAAGGUCAUGGAGUUGUAAUACAAAAUCAGACAUGUUUU